AUGGCUACAGUGGGCACAGACAAGGAGCUCAGCGACCUGCUGGAUUUCAGCGCGGUGAGACAUCUUUACUGUCAACAGCCUUAGAAUAUCUUUGUUCCCAAUACUAUAAUAUAUUUGUCCUGAACACCUCCUUCGGGUAUAAAGUAGGUUGUUUGUAGUCUAGUACACAUAAUCUCUUUUAUAUUUAGAUAAAUAGUUUAUGUACACAGUAACACUUCAACACACCUUUUUCUUGUAGAAACAAGACAGUGUAUAUAAAUCCAAACCCAUCAAGAUAGACUUGCCAAUGACCAUUUGCUAAAAUGUCUCGUAACUAUAAUAAAGUACGUGUUUUUUGUUGUAUUGUUUGAGAUAAAAGGUUGGUACGUAAACUGAAUAGCAUGUUUUCAAUCAGCCUGUGUUGUCAUUGGGCAGUUUUUGUGAGUCACUCGCAUCAAUGACUAACUCAUAGCUUGGCAUUUUUUAGAUUGCUUCACACUGUUGACAGCUGCGGUAGUCUUAACUGAAAACGACUAAAUCCUUCUAUCGGAUAGGUUCAAUUAGCGCCUAGCACCGAACAAUGUAACAUCAGAGGUGUAAUGUAAUCGUUGUUAUUGUACUUUGGUGUCUAUUAAGAGCAGCUUUGGGUUCCUGUAGUCUAAUGAAGAUGACACGUUUUGUGAAGUGUUUCAUACAGGCUAGCCAUUUUUCUCAAGACAUAGAUGUCAAAAGGAGACUUCUGCUUGUUUUUUUUAAAGUUCAGGGCCCAUAUCCACAAAGAGUGCUGAUCUAGCUUCAGUUUGGACUUUUAGAUCAUAAUGAAUGCUUGUAUGGACAGAUCUGAGAUUAGCACUCCUACUCUGAGAUGCUUUGUGGAUAUGGCCCCAGGGCCUUUUAUUUUUAUACCCCAUUUCUGGUUGAAUGUUUUUGACCCAGUGUCUGUCUCUGUUUCAGAUGUUUGCACCACCGGUGUCAAAUGGGAAGAACAGGCCCACCACUCUAGCCAGCAGCCAGUUUGGAGGCUCCGGUAAGACCUGCCCUUUUGGUUUUAAUACAACAAUAAAUGCCCACUGACUGCUUACGGCUCCCAAUUUAGCUUUUCAAUAAAGCCUAAUUAUGGUACAAUCAUUUAAGCAUUUCAGUUAACAUGGUCUUCGUCAGGUCACCUUGGUGAUAGUACAACAACAUUUUGACCAACAUGGUCUUCAUAUGUGACCAUAUGAUCAAAAAUGGUCAAAAUCCUCCUUUCCCCUACUUCUCAUCUAAAGCUGCUCCAGUAAGGUUGUUAUUGCUUGUUAAUGGUCCCCUAUAGAUGUCUUUAAGGAACAGCAUGGCAGCGAUGGGCUGUUAAAACCCUUUCAACAACACUUUCUUAUUUGUCUUCGGAGAACCCUCCCCACUGUCCCACCUCUGACCCCUUCAUCCCCCCCGCUGUCCCUCCUCUCACUGCCCCGUAGGGAGUGCUCUCAGUGAGGUCAAAUCACAGUAGCUGUAUCAAUAAUCUAAAUAUCCUAAAAUGGCUUUGGCUAAAAUGGCAUACUGUCCUUCAUUAUCACUGAUGGGUCGAAGGAUUGGAUAUGAUUCCACCAUAUUGCUUCCACCAGUCUUCUCCUUCCAGAUGUUUGUUAAUAAAGUUCAUAAGGAAAAGGAAGCAGCUCCAGUCUUCCCCUCCCGGUGUCCCCUCCCUCACCUUCCCAGCUGCUGCCUCUCCAUCACGCUCUAUUGAGGGUGUUAAAACAGGAGGGGUGAUGGGAAAUGACCGUAUUCACCCCCAAAUUCCCAAUCACUCACCCUGUGGGGGGAAAAACUAUUUCCGUUAUUCUUCGCUUCUCCUCACCCCCAAACAACUAACCAACCACCAUCCCUCAAUAGACCACAUCUCCUUUUGUUGAUAACCAUCCAAGAUCAACACAAGAACCAUGCUCUACAUCAGGGUUCUUCAAUUCCGGUCCUGGAGGGCCGAAACACCUCUAUUUUUCAUCCUCUCCUUCUAAUCAGGGGCUAAUUCAGACCUGGGACACCAGGUGACUGCAAUUAACUACCAGGUAGAAAUAAAAAACAGAAGUGUUUCGGCCCUCCAGGACCGGAAUUGAAGAACCCUGCUCUACAUCCAACUUGCAUCCUCUCUGUCUCGGCCUCAAACCACUUUCCUUCAACCCUCUCUCACCCCCCCAAUCACUUGUCCUCUCCUCUCCACCAAUCAUUUUCCUUCACCCCCUCUUCUCCUCCAAUCACCUUCUUUCGCCCUCCUCGAUCCCCUGAACCAUUGAUGUAGGUAUUUUCAGGUCGUACCUGAAAAGAAACAGGAUAUUGAAGGAGCAGAAAUAAGAUGAAAGGGACGGAGUAGGUGAAGCGGGGAACCAAUCUACAGUGUUUCUCUAAGCUUGAGGGCCACUUAGAUUUUCUUUUGUAGCGACAAAAGGUGCACGCUUACAGAAGAAGGCUGUUACUGUUCUCAAUCCAACGGCUGCUCCUGGUAUUGUGUGGCAGCCCUCAGCACAGGUCUCCACAAUGCUCAUCAGAGGCCAAAACAAAGGGAUUGGGCCGCAGAGAGAGAAGUAGAUAGGCAGGCAGCAUAUGUGGCCCAGUGUAUGAUUUCACCCUGGAAGCCCCCUACCCAUCAUCUCACAAUGAGGAGGAAGAGGCUCUCUGAGGGAAGGUUCCUAGUCUCUCUGCACUACCAUCUCCUUGGUAGCAUUGGUUAGUAUCUGCUCUGCCUUGCCUUUUUUAUAGAUUUGAUUUAGAUGAGCUGUAGUUAUUUUUUAGUGCUCAUCCCUGUAGAGUGGAAAAUGGUUGUCAUGGAUUAGGAUGAAUUUACCCUGACCCAAGGUACUGAUCUAUGGUGAAUGUUGGGGGAAGGGUAAGCUGAUCACAGAUCUGUGUCUUUGGGAGACUUGUACCCAUAAGAACGGUUGUUGUCAUGCAUCCCUAGUUCUCACUGACUUUGGGUGUCUGUGCAAAUCCAUUCCGACCAAGUUUCAUUUACUGGCAAUCAGAAACUGAGAUUCUGAACUGGUAUUUUUAAACUCUGGCUUGGGUUGAAAUGCAAAAGAGGAAAGUAUGCGUUUUGCAUGAACUUUCUGUUCUUUAGGAACUUUCCUUCAUGUGAAUGGAAAUGGUAAUUCAGUAACUUGAUCAGAUUUGCUCUUGAAUUGGAUUCCUUGUGCAGUAUUACAUUUACAUUUUAGUAAUUUAGCAGAUGCUCUUAUCCAGAGCGACUUACAGUUAGUGAGUGCAUACAUUUUUCAUACUGGCCCCCCGUGGGAAACGAACCCACAACCCUGGCGUUGCAAGCACCAUGCUCUACCAACUGAGCUACAGGAGGUAUAGAAGCAUAUUCUGUCAGACUUGAUCAAACCACAACUUUAAACAUAACAUACAUUGUCCAGAAUAUAAUGCUUGUAGCUUCUAACUGAAAUGAUAAAAAAAUUAAUUGCAAUAUGAAAAGUAGCAUGCCUAAUCAUGUUCAAAUGUGUAAUUUCAAGUUGGUGUUGAAUAUUGUCCUCCCAGCAUCAUAACACUGGCUCUUAUUAAUCAUUUCAGGCACAUCAUAUAACACACAAGAUACUGUUGCGUAUCCAUUGUAGACAUUCCCUAAAUCAUAAUCACACUCCUCCUUAAUACUUAUUAGGCAUCAUGUAUUGUGUCUGGGUGACUCACAUUUCUGUCAUACAGGGCAGGGACGGAAGAAAGGAAGAAAGUGUAGACAGCCAGACAAUACACCAAUCAGUGCCAGGGGAAUUAUCCAAUAAAAAAAAAGUGUGUAUGUGCCUGCAUGUUCCCUGUGUGUUGGUUCUGUAGCCUCAUAGCUUGUGUGACUCAGGCUGACUGGUCGUUUCCAGUAUCUCUUCCUGUGGUAUUAUAGACCAGCCUCGCUUAAAGGGGUGGUGAGGCCCGGGUUUAAAGGGGAGACUCGCUAGUGAAUGUGUCUGGCCUGACUCGACCCUCUCGCUCUCUGAGCUAGCGUGCUGUGACGUUCACUCACUCAUUCUUAACUCAGUCACAGAAGUUUCCCUGGGGGGGUAAACCCUAUAAAAGAGGUUAAGGUGUAGAGUUCCUGCCUCCAUGUUUUUUAGGGUUGUUGUCAUCAGCAAUGGCUUGGUAACAUAGUAGACAAACUACUCUCAAGAUUCUUGGUUAAAUGAAUCCGUAUAAUUAGAAUGUGGAGUUCAGUACCGGGUCCUCUCUACAACCAGGGUUCUGUGGACAAGAGCUGUGUGGUUUUCUCUAAUGUUCUUGAUGUCUUAUAUCAGGCUGUCAUGGUAACGACUUGCAAGAGGAAGCCAUUUGAAGUUUGAGAAAACAAAGGAGCGUCUACUUAGACGAGUCUCACUUAUUCUCUCCUUUAUACUAAUCAGUAGAUCUGUUAAUUAGAAGGAAAACGUGGAGACCUAAUGAAUAUGCAUGAAAGCAAUUUUAAUGAUUUUUUACUUCAGAGUUGCUCACUUGCCCUCUCCCUCACUCAAUAUGAGUAAUUUGUGUGGUGUGAAACUUUCUUCAUCUUUUUUUUCUCCCCGGUUCAAACACAACUCCCCCUCCAUACAUUUUAAUACAGUCCAAAUCCCUGCACCAACCUUUAAAAUACCUUGCAAUAAGAGUUGUGGUGCUACUUACUACUUACCCCAGAAGGUCUAGGAGAGCGCUUCCUUCCAUGCAUUCCAGACACCCCUCUUCUCCAUUCGCGCCAUACUUCCUGUCGUCCCUUCCUUCCUCAGGAGAACACAUGAAUAGCCCGAGGUACGAGGUUCUAGCUACCCGCAGAGCUCCCUGUUAGCCCCAUGCCUUUGUGGAUCUCAAUGGUGUCAGUUCAGAUCUACAGCCCCCUCCCUUGCAUCUGUCAGUCUUCCUAAAGAGCAGUAAGGUAUACCCACCAUGUUCAUUUCCUACCCCAGCGGCUAUGCAAAGUCUUCCACAUUCUUCAGAUGACUCCAUUUUAGCCGCCUAUUCAUAGUGUUGACUUGAGGAGGAGUGUGUGGCUUAUGAAGGUCCGGCCUGAUUCAGUAGUAGGAUACCAGACCAAAACUUCCUGAUAAUGUUUGUCGGCAGCCCUCGACAGAGUCAUAGAGAUAUUUAAACGUCCAUUGCAGCCGUUUUUAUCGAUAUCAAAUCAUUUCUGGUUAAUAAUUAAGUACCUUACUGUGAUUUGUUUUAAAUUAAAAUGGUCAAAAAGAAACUAAAUGUGCUUCUUAGCAAAGGGCAAUUUCUCAAGCAAGAAUUCUGAUAGACCGCUCCCAGACAGUCCUGGGUGGGGAGGGGGAAACUGAGAAUUAGCUGUUAUUGGCAGAGAGGUUUGGAACUCUAUUUUUUGGGGUCUAUUAACCAAUGUACUGCAUGGUAAGGCCAAAACUCCAUCCCACCAAAACAGGCUGAAAUUUCAGCCGGUCUUUUCAAACAACUCUUACACUAAAAGGGCAUUAUCAUUUUCACAGUAUUAUUCCAAAACUCAUUUAUUUAUCGCUACACAAUAUUAGGCACAUUUAAUAAUUUGUGCGAGCUAUCUCAUUAAUUGGUUCCUUUGCAAUCCACGCAAGAAAUGUCUAGGGGAAACACUAGUGUCAUUUCAGCAGUGGAAAGGACUGGUCCAUAUGUGUGCUGUUCUAUGUCUGCUGUGUACAUGCCCUCUCUGAGUCUGUUCUACUGCUGGACAUGGAGAGUGACAGUCACGUUGAGGCAACAAACCCCUCAUCUCCUUCAUCUGCGAUUCUGCUGCUAUCUCUCCUAUAGAUCAGUUGUCACGGUGAUAUAGCAGCUCCCUCCACUCUGAACCCAUCAUUCUCCUUGAUGGCAGAUCCAGUCGCGCUUCCAGCCUGCUCCCCUCCGCCCCUCUCCAUUUUUGUUAUUAGACAACAAAACAAAAAUAUGAAUAUUCAUAGAGCAAAGCCUUAUUAAUAUGCACAAUUAUGCAAAUCAGCACACAAUUAAGCAUCAGCUUCCCCCCAGAGAUGCUGGGUAGCGGUAAGAGAGGAGAUGGAGGGGGAGGAGAGAAGGGCAGGAAUUUCUGCUUCACCAAUCUUUAAAAUCACCCUCCCUACUUUCCCCCUUUUCAACGCAAAUCCUUUGACCAGGGACAACAUGCAUGACGUGUACCUCUUAGUCCGUUGUCAUGCGAAGGGAUGGUGGUACGAACAACUGCUGCGUUGCCAUAGACAGGAGUGGAGAGAGAGAGUGAGAGAAUGGCAAAUGUUGAGGAUGAUUGUAGGAGGCUCAUACUGGGUGUUAAUUAUUCAAACUUCCUACAGCUCAUAGCUACACUAAGUGACAGUGUGGUGGCAGAGCUGUCACUGGGAGCUGAAGUUGCAGCGCUCAGCCAAAGGUUAUUUAGAACACUCCCAGCCAGUUAGGAAGCAGCAGUACUUCCUAACUGGGUCACCCUCACUUGCAUAUUGACUUCUAGCCUCUAUCUCCCUAGUACUGGUGUAGAUCUUAAAGGAUUAGAUGGGUAUUGGCAUUCUCUUAAUGGAUCCCCCUUGCCCUCCGAUUGGCUAGGUGGAAUCUUCGCCAUUUUGGUCACAUCUCCAACUUCUCAAACCUACAAAUGCUCAGGGGGAGUACUAGGGACUAGGGGUUUAUUUGGAAUUGGGCAAAUGACUACCAGUCUACUACUAGUUUUGGUCCCUUUCCCUCUCCUUAUCUCCUUUCCUUUUUCAGUCCAACAUGGUUCUGUGUGAGCAGGUCCAACCCUAUGUGUUCCAUGUUCUGUGUUCUAGGUAUGGAUGAGCGGAGCGGUCCUGGCCCCUGGGCAUCAGGAGAACAGAACAGCCCUUCCUUCAACCAGGGACGGGUAAGGGAACACUGCACACUACAUACUGUAUACUACACACUACAGUGACUACACACUGAUCAACACGGACAUGUUUUCUUACACGGAACCUUACUAAUCAUUAAACUGAUAUUGUUUAAUAGUAUAUGACUAGCAGGGCUCUAAAUAAAUAAAAUAAUUGGUAGCACUGGUGCUUUUAACAUAGAAAAGUUAGGAGCACCACAUUUAACAAAAAAAUUUAAGACUAGAAUUAUUAUUGUUUUAAACAGAUUGAGAUACACUACAUGACCAAAAGUAUGUGGACAACUGCUUGUCGAACAUCUCAUUCCAAAAUCAUGGGCAUUAAUAUGGAGUUGGUCCCCCCCUUUGUGGCUAUAACAGCCUCCACUCUUCUGGGAAGGCUUUCCACUAGAUGUUGGAACAUUGCUGCGGGGACUUGCUUCCAUUCAGCCACGAGCAAUAGUGAGGUCGGGCACUGAUGUUGGGCGAUUAGGCCUGGCUCGCAGUCGGCGUUCCAAUUCAUCCCAAAGGUGUUCAAUGGGGUUGAGGUCUGGGCUCUGUGCAGGCCAGUCAAGUUCUUCCACACCGAUCUCGACAAACAAUUUCUGUACAGACCUCGCUUUGUCAUGCUGAAACAGGAAAGGGCCUUUUCCAAACUGUUGCCACAAAGUUGGAAGCACAGAAUCGUCUAGAAUGUCAUUGUAUGCUGUAGCGUUAAGAUUUCCCUUCACUGGAAAUAAGGAGCCUAAACCAUGAUAAACAGCCCCAGACCAUUAUUCCUCCUCCACCAAACUUCACAGUUGGCACUAUGCAUUAGGGCAGGUUGCGUUCUCCUGGCAUCCGCCAAACCCAGAUUCGUCCAUCGGAAUGCCAGAUGGUUAAGUGUGAUUGAUCACUCCAGAGAACAGGUUUCCACUGCUCCAGAGUCCAAUGGCGGCGAGCGUUACACCACUCCAGCCGACGCUUGGCAUUGCACAUAGUGAUCUUAGGCUUGUGUGCGGCUGCUCUGCCAUGGAAACCCAUUUCAUGAAGCUCCCGACGAACAGUUCUUGUGCUGACGUUGCUUCCAGAGGCAGUUUGGAACUCGGUAGUGAGUGUUGCAACCGAGGACAGACGGUUUUUACGCACUUCAGCACUCUGCGGUCACGUUCUGUGUGCUUGUGUGGCCUACUACUUCGCGGCUGAGCCGUUGUUGCUCCUAGACAUUUCCACUUCACAAUAACAGCACUUACAGUUGACCGGGGCAGCUCUAGCAGGGCAGAAAUGUGAUGAACUGACUUGUUGGAAAGGUGCCAUCCUAUGACUGUGCCACAUUGAAAUUCACUGAGCUCUUCAGUAAGGCCAUUCUACUGCCAAUGUUUGUCUAUGGAGAUUGCAAUGCUGUAUGCUCGGUUUUAUACACCUGUCAGCAACGGGUGUGGCUUGAAUAGCCGAAUCCACUAAUUUGAAGGGAUGUCCACAUACUUUUGUAUAUAUAGUGUAUAGCCUACAUUGGGCCUAUAUGAAUCCUUCUUACUUUUGAAACACAUCUCCUGAAGAAGAUAUCACUUUUCCUUUCUUUUUGUGCCACCAAAUCUUUUCAUAUACUGGUGAAGUUACCAAGUUGUUAGAAGGGCUGCACGAUAUGGGCAAAAAAUGUAGUUGCAAUUUUUCAACCAAGUAUUGCGAUAUAGAUCAAAACACUUGGGUGAAACAUUGGAAUCAUAGAAAUAUAAUGAUUAUUCUAAUUCUACGCUUGGUGGUGUUUGUCAUGAAAACAAACAAAAAAGCCAUGUAUGAGUUAUGACGGGGUAGGAACCAAAGUAUUGGUCAGUGUUUCCCAAGGGACUCAUAAUCACAUUGGAAUAUGUUUUUUGUUUUUGGGGGUGGGGUUAGAUCAGCUUUAAUAUUGCAGAUAGAUUGUGGAUUAGAUCAAUGUAAUUGUCUGCAUCAUUUCCAAUCAUUCAUUCAUAUACACACACUACCAGUCAAAAGUUUGGACACCUACUUAUUCAAGGGUUUUACUUUUAUUUUUACAAUUUUUUUUAUAUUGUAGAGUAAUAGUGAAGACAUCAACUAUUAAAUAACACAUGGAAUCAUGUAGUAACCAAAAAAGUGUUAAACAAAUCAAAAUAUAUUUGAGAUUCUUCAAAUAGCCACCAUUUGCCUUGAUGAAAGCUUUGCACACUCUUGGCAUUCUCUCAACCAGCUUCAUGAGGUAAUCACCUGGAAUGCAUUUCAAUUAACAGGUGUGCCUACUUAAAAGUUAAUUGGUGGAAUUUCUUUCCUUCUUUAUGCGUUUGAGCCAAUCAGUUGUGUUGUGACAAGGUAUACAGAAGAUAGCCCUAUUUGGUAAAAGACCAAGUCCAUAUUAUGGCAAGAAUAGCUCAAAUAAGCAAAGAGAAACGACAGUCCAUCAUUACUUUAAGACAUGAAGGUCAGUCAAUCCGGGAAAAUGUCAAGAACUUUGAAAGUUUCUUCAAGUGCAGUCGCAAAAACCAUGCGCUAUGAUGAAACUGGCUCUCUUGAGGACCGCCACAGGAAUGGAAGACCCAGAGUUACCUCUGCUGCAGAGGAUACGUUCAUUAGAGUUACCAGCCUCAGAAAUUGCAGCCCAAAUAAAUGCUUCACAGAGUUCAAGUCACAGGACACAUCUCAACAUCAACUGUUCAGAGAAGACUGCGUGAAUCAGGCCUUCAUGGUCGAAUUGCUGCAAAGAAACCCCUACUAAAGGACACCAAUAAGAAGAAGAGACCUGCUUGGGCCAAGAAACACGAGCAAUGGACAUUAGACUGGUGGAAAUGUGUCCUUUGAUCUGGAGUACAAAUUGGAAGUUUUGGUUCCAACCGCUGUGUCUUUGUGAGACGCGGUGUGGGUGAACGGAUGAUCUCCGCAUGUGUACUUCCCACCGUAAAGCAUGGAGGAGGAGGUGUUAUGGUGUAGGCAUGCUUUGCUGGUGACAUUAUCUGUGAUUUAUUUAGAAUUCAAGGCACACUUAACCAGCAUGGCUACCACAGCAUUCUGCAGCGAUACGCCGUCCCAUCUGGUUUGGGCUUAGUGGGACUAUCAUUUUGUUUUUCAACAGGACAAUUACCCAACACCUCCAGGCUGUGUAAGGGCUAUUUUACCAAGAAGGGGAGUGAUGGAGUGCUGCAUCAGAUGACCUGGCCGCCACAAUCCCCCGACCUCAACCAAAUUGAGAUGGUUUGGGAUGAGUUGGACCGCAGAGUGAAGGAAAAGCAGCCAACAAGUGCUCCGUAUAUGUGGGAACUCCUUCAAGUCUGUUGGAAAAGCAUUCCAGGUGAAGCUGGUUGAGAGAAUACCAAGAGUGUGCAAAGCUGUCAUCAAGGCAUAGGGUGGCUACUACCAACACUUUUGGUUACUACGUGAUUCCAGAUGUGUUAUUUCGUAGUUUUUGAUGUCGCACGGGUGCUCUCAAAAUAAAACUGUCGCACAGCAAAAUAUUUAGUCACAUAUGGGACCAAAUUGGUCGCACUUUAGAGCCCUGAUGACUAGUCUUAUCUGGACUAGGGUUGGGCGAUAUUACGAUAGCGUCGUCUAUCAUCGAUGGUGACGACAUCAUGAUGUGACAGACGAUGGUUUAGCCUAUUUGAACUUGACUGGCGCCACGCAGUAAAAAACCGUCUCGCAGGGCAGCACACCAGUGACAUUCUGAGUAAUUUGCCUAUUUCUAUUUGCUAUAGCCUUAUUUCAGUAAAUGUUCUAGCCUACAGAACACGAGAGGAAUGUAGGUCAGACAGAGUGGAGAAUUUCACCAAAGCAGCACAAAAUGUCCAGUCAGAAAACAUUGUUUCUCUCUGUCGGAUGCAUGGACAUUAGGCUAUAGCCUAAACCGUUUUUGUAUUUAAAUGUUUUAUAACCGACACUCCUUAACUCUUGUGUCGAGCUGUUUAAAAAAAAAAAAAAAAAAGGUAGCCUAUGUUGCCUUCUCUCUCUCCAUCUGAUAGGCUGUGCAUAUGACUGAAGUCUACACUUUAUCGUUUUAUGCAUGACUUUCUCCCGAUCAAACAAUUAAUGUAACGGAGUUCCAUCUCAAAGUUAUUUGAAUAGCCUAAAAACAUAAGCUUAAACUUGAUUAAACUUGUCUUUACAUUUUUCUAUUGGCUAUUGAGAUUUGUUUGUGCUCUCUCAUUAUUAGUCCUCUGGCUACCUUAAGAAAGAAAUGAUCCAUGCGGGCCACGAAAAUCCCUUCAUGCAAGGUUGAAAACAAAAUCGCCAAUAACCUAUCCUACUAUGCCUAUCAUAAAAGCUUUAAGACAAGUUAGCUAUGAACAGUAGCUUAUUUCCCAAAUAUUUUAGCAUACAAAAGCGUUGUCCUAAAGUUGUUGUGGCUUUCAAAAAUAACAAAAAUGAAACUCUAUAGCAUAGGCUCUUCUCAAUCACAGCUUUAUGAGAGAUAUUAUUAAUUGUUCUGUUAUUUUGAGGCAAAUUAUUAUCCAGUUCUAUUUACAGUAGACUGCUUUUGUCCAUCCCAUGAUGUAGGCCUAUAACCUAGCUCACAACGGUAAGACAGCCCGUUCCUCAUCAGACAGUCACUUGUUCCAUCAUGUGUGCGCCAGACACACACAAACCUGUUCUGCUCCUCCACCAUAAAGGAAUAUUAUAAAUAUUUGCCAUUGCCUGCACUUAGCCUCUGCCCAGGCUUUCAAAAACAUCAUUUCAUUAUGAUUCGUCCAGUUGCGUUAAAUUUUGCGCUACAGCCCAACUGUCGUUUUUAGCGUUGUAUUUUUGUCAUAAAAAAAAUACAAUAAAAUGGGGGGUGGCCAAUAGCAGCGAUAGCAUCGAAUAUCACAAUGUUUAAUGGGUACAUAAUCACGAUAGGACAAAGGUUGACAUCGCCCAACCCUAAGCAUAGAUUAGCCCAAAGAGCCCACAGGCGCAAUGCGUUUGGUUGAAGAGGGGCAUACUGAAUCUGUUUAAGACACAGCAAUUGAUUUUAAGUCUUCAUAUUAUCUCUCUUAUCCCCAUCUCUGUCUCUCUCCCUCCCUCCAGGGUUAUGGCGAAGGAGCUCAUUACAACGAGCACGAAGGCCUCGCUUCCACCCCCUUGUUCGGCUCGGGGAUCGUUGGUAAGGAAAUCUGAAUAUAUUUCCUCCAACCUGGAACAGGAGCAGGUUCUCUCCCCAACCCUCAACCCUUUAAUUAAGCUCAGCUGAUUUGACGUCCCCAUCAAGACAAAGUAAACCCACUAACAGGUCCCUGUGGUCUUGUCGUGUGGCUUUCGGAGCUGCAGUAAGCCACCCCGUAUUUACAAUAAAUGACCAGAAGAAGUGACUACGUAAUGAUGCGUCUUUAGGGGAGCAAAUUGAAAUGUACGUUAGUGAAUGGAGAUGGAGUUGUAUGUGUGUCUCAGAGGAUACAGAGAGGACCUCUCCUACUGUCACUGCAUAUGUAGGACCUCUUCAGGGGCAUUCCAUGUGUGUGGAGGUGACUAGGAGCAUACACAGGGACAGGGUGUUUAGGAGGGGGGGGGGGGGGGGGGGGGGGGGGGUGAGGGGUUUAGGAGCACCCAAGCUCAAACAAACCUCUGCCGGAUUAGUGUGGCCUAUAGCGUGUGUGUGUCUCAGCUGAGCUGUCAGAGGAGGGAGGGGUGUGUGGGGGGGGGGGGGGGGCAUUCAUUACUCCGGGACCCUCUAUAAUGGUCCAAUUUGUUGUUUUGCGCCUGUCCAAAGCCAUAAAUACAACACUUCAUAUACAGCAGCAGGCAGCAGAUGGGGGUCACCCAACUGGAGAAAGGGGAACACCCCAGAUUGGGUGUUAAUGUGCUGGAGAUGCGUAAAAGGCAGCUUUUAAAGGUUUUUACGAUGGCCUACCCUGAUUGUCCCUCUUGUUUAUUUUGUUUUUAUAGGCAAAGCUGAGCGAGGACCCUACUCUUCUUUUGGAGCACAGGUAAAAUCACUUCUCUUCCAACGUGUCAAACGUUUUUUCUGUGUCCCCCUCUUCUCUCACUUCUCCCCUCUGAAGCCACUGUCUCUUCCUCUAAAUGAUGUUAUUGUGAAUGUGCCCACCUUGUCCUGUCUUCUCCUUCAUCCUUGAGUUGUUUUCUCCUCUCCCCCAUUCCCCCCCUCCUCCCGUCAACCUCCUCAUCCUCUUUCCUCUCUCAACAUUACUAUAAUCUCCCAUGCAGUAUUUGAGUGACUGACCUUGUCGUCUUUCCUCCUCUCUCAUUCCUCUCCUCCUCCUCUCCUGCGUAGCCGGGCUUUAUGCCCAGUGAGAUGCCCAUGCCCAGUCCUGAUGCCCUGUCACCCUCGGGCCUGAAGUCUGGCUCCCAGUUCUACCCCUCCCAAUUCAACCCUCGCAGGAGACCCACCCAGGAGAGCAUGGGUAAGGACAGAAACCACUGAAUAUUACCCCAUACAACACUCAUGCUAUCCCCAUUCCCUAGCAUGGAUACAUGCAAGGAAGAUGGUGCACAGAAUUAGAAUGGGUAGAAUAGACAUACCAGUGCCAAUUUUUGAAUUGAAGCUUACUUCCAUGGAAUGGCACUUCUAUUAACAUGCUUACUGCAUUGCAUUUGGUGUAAUUUUCGGACGUUCUACAUAGGGCAGGGCGAUAUAUUGAAUUAAUUUGAAUUAAUGUUUUUGCGCGAUAUUCCAAAUGCCAGUGUCGCAGAAUCUAGUUUUUUGGGGAUUUUUCGUUUUUAUGAGUGUUUAUGUCCGCUUGUUCUCAUAUUGUCUUUUUGGUCUCGUCUCCUUCACUCCUUCUGUGCACCUUCCCAUUUACACCAGAGAUCUGUAUAUGCUGCUAUACGAGAUGCUGAUGUCUCCGCCCUAACAAUGGGAGUCGUUGUCCCAAAGGCGGGAAGGCAGGCGACAACCUUAGGUUGAAAAUAAGCGCAUAGAAACGCAUUGGGCUUAUUUUGGCCAGAUUUUGGCCAGAGUGAAACCUCUGGCUUCGCCUCUUUCUCCCAAGCCCCUACCACUCACAACAACAAAGAUGAGACAUCACUUCUUCCUCUGACAAACGGUUUCUACUCGCUAUUUGAGGUUUGGUCCAACAGAAUCGUUCAUAUGGACACCGAAACACGUGGAGACAUUAUUUUACUGUAAUAGAGGAGAAGUUAACCUUUCGAACCAUACCCUGUUUGUUUCAACUCCUCAAAUUUCGAGCAGAGCAGACACUACUAAAACAGAUGUACCAAUGAACAUUCUUUCUGGAAAAUGUAUUCUCAGUUUGUUGCGUGCACAUUACGGUACCAUGUAUCGCUAGCAGCAUUUUAGUCAAAUAAAGAUGGUUAUACUAGCUGUUUAGUCUGUUUUUAUAAAUGUGCAAUAAGCAUAAAACAAUUAUAUAAGGAAUUGGCAACUCAUUAUCAUUCUGAAAAAUAAUGUAGGCCACUUGAUUUCAACAUCUGAACAAAGUGGACAGGCUAGCAUGCUGUUUAAACAGCUGGAGACGGACAGAAGGUUGUGUUCAUAACAAUUCAACUGUUUGCCUUGUUAGCUGAAUUCAGAGCUUGUGAAAUUAUACAAAUUGACUAAACUUUAAAUAUUAGCUGGUUAAUCACUUGCAUGUGGGCUUCUGCUUGAGAGAUUGUUAAUGAGACCGGUGUUAAUUUUCUUUAAUGCCUGCUACAUUAUUAGUGAAUGCGCAUUAUGCAGCAGAUAGCUUAGUGGUUAAGAGCGUUGGGCCAGUAAUCGAAAGGUCGCUGGUUCGAAUCCCCUAGCCGACUAGGUGAAAAUCUGUCGAUGUGCCCUUGAGCAAGGCACUUAACCCUAAUUGCUCCUGUAAGUCGCUCUGGAUAAGAGCGUCUGCUAAAUGACUAAAAUGUAAAUGAUUCUGGUGAAAUGUGUUACAAAAAGGGCAUUUUUAUAGACAGACCUGAAUGCCAGAUCAGUGAAUAUUGAAGAAGAAAAAAAAGCAGGUACAACUAUUUUGAUAAAAUAAUUCAAUUAUUAGUGGGUCUUAUGGUUGUGGAAUUCAUUAGAUUAUUGUUGACAUUUUAAAAUGCCGUGUAUUUGACCUUUUUAAUUGUACAACAAAGCUUACUUCGAGAAAACAUUUUUUUUUAAAUAGAUAAAUAUAUCGGGAAUCGCCCAUAAGUUUGAACAAAAAUAGAGGUUUGAGUUUUAGGCCAUAUCGCACAGUGCUAGUUCUCCAUGUCAAAAUGUAUAGCGUCGACUAAUUGCUACCUCUUUGUACAAUCACAUGGAAUUCAUGACCAUAUCCGCUCCACUAUUACUAUGUGGAGGAGAGGAGUUGCUCUUUAUUCUGGUUUAUAUUUCCGACUGUGAUUACCCUCACUUCUCCUACUGAGGUUUAAAAUAAGAACCUGAGAAAUCUCACUUCUGCUAAACCUGCAAGGGGAUUCAAUGAAAGGAGCAGUGGUGUGAGGCUGCUGUAUAAACACAUUGGUUGUAUAAGAUUAGAUUAUGUUUGAUUAAGGUAUUUAUUAUGGGCCAUAAAGACAGAUAUUCCUACCAGCACAGCGCUUACCAAAUGGACAAUUAAUUGGAAUGCCCUAACUGUUAGUACUGCUUUCAUAACUCUGUUGUUUCAUCUCCUGGGUUUGUUUGUUUGUGUGUCUCAGAUGCCCAGCCAAAAAAGAUCAGGAAAGUUCCCCCUGGCCUGCCCUCUUCGGUAAGUACUGUUACAUUCCCCAGCAUGAAAACCAAAAGUCGCUCAAAUAGAAGGGGGAACUAACAAAGUCACUGACCACAACCAAAACGAAACAGGUGGGUUUCAGGAGGGGUUCUGAAAGACACUCAUUGGGGUGUCCACUGAAAGUUGCAUAGCAACAACAACUGGGACCUAAAAGACACUCACCAUGAGCGCCCACUAAAUUUGCCCACUAAGAGGCAAACAAAAGAAAAACACACACCAAACAUAAAGAUGGGAAGCAAACCAAAAAGGUGGCGCAAAACGAAAUCAAAUAGGGAGAGCCAUCUAUCAAGACAACUGGAGCACUGGUCCAGCCGCUCUUAAAUAUCGCCUGGGCUAGCACAGUUGGAACACCUUCUGACUAACGAGAUGACAAGCCAGCACAGGUGUAACGCAUACUGACUAACCAGGUGACACCAAUCGGUGCCCUCAUCGUGCUAAUGUCCAACCUCGAAAUAUACAUGGAAAACCAAAGCCUGUAAAACUGUCCACCACCACACACACACACAGUCCCAGUGGAAUGGCAGGCUUCUCCCUGGUGUUUAGAGCAGCAGCCUACCUGGCAGAGAGAGAGCCUCAAGCCCCACAGCUGUGUGCCUUGCACUGCCGAAGAGGUGAAAAAAUAAACAGAGCCCUGCUCAUUCACCCAUUCAUUUAUUUAGACAUAUGUAUUUCUAGAGGGUUGUAUUUCUAGGCCAUUUAUUUUAUAGAUGUGCGUGCAUUCCUUCCAGCCCAGCACCCUCGUCCACACAUUACUUAAGGGAAAUAAUUAUGCUUGAUGACAUGCAGACCUGGCCUUUACCUGACUUCACUAUACUGUUUCUGCUCUUCUCCUGUACACUGUCGCUCUCCCUUCAACUCCCUCACUAUCUUUUUUUUCUCUCUCCCUCCCUCUUGUGUUCUCUACUUCCUCCCCUCCUUUCUGUUUCUCUCUCGCCCUCCCCCCUCUCUCUCUUCCUCCAUCCCCCUCGUUCUCUCCCUCCCCCAUCCCUCUAUCCCAGCUGCCCGUAGAGUUGGCUGCAGUCCAGGAAUGGGCAGAUGGCACAGUAAUUAGUAGUGCAUCUCUCCAUUCCCUUUUGUACCUCUCCCCCACUUCCUCUCUUCUUCUCUCUGUUCAAUCAAAUAACAGCAAAAACUUAACUGUGUAAGAUCCGAGUUGUCGGGCGCAUAGUUUGAUUCUCUAACGCCUGCCAGAACAGAGCUGAUUCUGAGGGCUCUGCUAAUUCACGACCUCAGGACUUUCACCUCUUUAGUAACAUGUCAGAGACUACUAGCAAUCCUAUGGGUGAUGCUCUGUAAGCCACAGAGGAGACUGGAUCAUGUGUGGGCGACAUCCCUCUUUUUCAGCCAGUAAAGAAUCCAUUUGUUGUCUUGGUAACAGUGCAUUAAGAUGAUGUCAGAUAUUCGGAUCAUAGGGAGUUCAGACAUUGUGCUGGGUUAAUGGCAACCUCCAUGUCAUUAGUUCAAGGCAGUGUAUUCAACCUACAUCCAGCAGAUUGUACAGGUGCACACAGAGUUUAGGCAGUACUGUGUAUAGGUCAAGUGAUUUCAUAAAACGUGUCUGUGGACUUCUUGUCAUUUUCAGUCUGUUAAAAACCUUCCACACUGCUUAUUACUAGAGAGAAGUCAAUGCCCCAGUGUCCUCAAAUGUCAGAGGCUGUCGAUUUUAAAUUAAGCAAUAAAAAUACAUAAAAUGUUUGCCGCAAUUGUAAAACCAACAAUUGAGAAGUGCUAUAUUAUGUGCGGGUGGAAGGGUGUGUAGGGAUGGGUGGGUAUCCUAAUAAAGAUAUCGAAACACGUUUUUUGACCACACCUAGUCUACUAUUUCCAAUCAAUUGGGAAUUAUUAUUAGAAAGUACUCCAUGUUUGAUGUACUCAUCUCCCUACUGUGUGUGUGUUCUGUAGGUCUAUGCGUCGGCCUCAGGAGAGGACUAUAACAGAGAUGGUGCAGGGUAUCCUGCCUCCAAGCCUGGAAACGUGGGCUACCCCGGCUCCUUCUACAUGCAAGGUCAUUACUUUAUACCAGAUCAUGUCUGGGGGCCAAAACUACACAAUAUACUUAUCAGAGUGGGUUAAUCCAUAGUGCUAACUCUGCUAUAUGGAGAAAGUGGAACAAAACACAUUUUUAGGUGAGGUAAAUCAAUUGAAUAAUUAAUUAGCUGGCCAAUGAUGUCAUAUGUGAUGUCUAUGGUGAUGACCCAUUCCUGUCUUUAUUUUCUCUCAUUCUGCCUGUGGAAACACCUUAUGGCAGUGUGAUAGUUGGUAGAGCAUGGCGCUUGCAACGCCAGGGUUGUGUGUUCGAUUCCCACGGGGGGCCAGUAUGAAAAAAAUAAAAAUGUAUGCACUCCCUAACUGUAAGUCGCUCUGGAUAAGAGCGUCUGCUAAAUGACUCAAAUGUAAAUGUAAAUGAUAGUGAGUGAGUCAUAGCCCCGAGCUAACAUGAUACUCCACAUACCCUGCCUGCCCUGCGUAUCUGUCUGUACACUAGGAUGAAGUCAUCAGGCGGAUGUGACAUGCUUCAUAUGUGGCCCCUUAAUGUCUUAUCUCUGGAGGCUGCUUGUCCCUCUGGUGCUCACUCUCUCUCUCUUUCAUCCACACCCCUCUCACCACCCCCCUACCCUCCACACACAAACACCCAUCCCACCCUUCCCUCAUCCUCUGUACCCCCCACACCCCUAUCACCCCCCCCUACCCUCCCCUGCUCUGUCCCUUCCCCUGGUUCCCCCUGACAGAAGGCCUGCACCCCUCCCCUGACCCGUGGAGUUCUGCCGGGUCGAUGGGGCAGCCGGGCUACUCUACAGCCAUGCUGGGUAACUCCCCCCACCUGGGCCAGCCUGCCCCCUUCACCGCCAUCAACCCCCAGGACAGACUGGUGAGACUACUCUCACACAUAUACACAUACACACCAACUGGUUCUCUGUUUAAAUAAAGGUUACAUAAGAUGGUAUACACCAUUGUCAUCUCUCUCUCCCAACACCCAGAGAAUGACUUUAAGCCUGUUUUUGUGCAGAAGCGCCAGCCGCUGCCUCUCUCACCCCAGAACUACCCCCUUCACGGCAGUGAGGUGAACGGGAGCUUCCACUCUGGAUCCACUGGCUAUGGAGUCUCCAACCACACCUCCCCCAUCAACGGAACAGACACCAUCAUGGGUAUGACUGUCUACCACUGACACUAUGUAGACUAGCUUUUUCUAUAUAUCUUCCUGUUCGUAUCUAUCUAUUUUUCUCUUUCUCUCACGUUCUGCCUCUUCCUUUGUUAAUUUCUCCCUUUACUUCUAUAUUUUCUUCCAAAUUGAAAUGUCAGUUCUAAUAGUUUGCUAUCUACUUUGUUCCAUCACAGCCAACCGGGGGACAGGAAGCUCAGGAGAUGAGAUCGGCAAAGCCCUGGCAUCGGUGAGUAGAGUGGCACAGACCACAUCAACCAUAGUCUUCAGGGAUUACGCCAUGUUGAUUCAUCCACCGAGACUAAGAAAAAACUAGGGCUGAACCCAAUUUGUCGACUGGUCGAUAAUUUUUUUUAUCGUUAGGCUGUUGGUCGACCGAAAUUGUUUUAGUCGAGCAGUAAUGUUAUAUAUAAUUGUGUGUGUGUGUGUGUGUUUGUUUAUAUAUAUAUAUAUAUAUAUAUAAACAAACAAUCUCCAUCUCAGUGAACUAAUCCAUUGCUGAGGCCUAGACUAAAACCCAAUUUAUGCUUGAUCCGAAAAUGUGGUCGGAGGCUCCAUAUGGAGGGUGUGAUGCAAUUGCAGAGCCUCCAGAGGCAUGCAGAGGCCAAAUCGAGCUCCGUACCGCAUCGCCAUGCUCCUCCCAAAUUUGUUAAUAAUGCGGAGGACCCUGUAUAGCUCCGCAUUGACAUGACUGGUUGGCGGUAGGUGGGUGGCGGUACAUCCUGUAUAAACACAAAUUCACUUCCUUAACAACAUUUCUGCACUGCUCCACGAAGCGCAAGAAGUAUGAAUGCCCUGACUUCUGCUGAGGCCGUAUCACCUUAAAUGCUGCAUGGCCAAUGCAGCUGUCGGAUUGAGCAUGCGCCCAGAUGCACAAUGCACUUCUCUCUCCAGAAUGUCUCUCUCUCGUCAAUUUGUGCACAUUCAUUGUUUCAUAACUUAAUUGUGUGAAUUGUUUGCGUUUGGUUGUUAGUGUAUAUCAAUUCCCCAUUACAUAUAUCUCCAGUAGUACAUUUACCAUUAAUUCCUAUAAUUUCUAAUCUACAAUGUUUGUUACUUUGGUUACGGUAAUUUCUGUUAAUGCAUUCAAUAUUAUUAUUAGUCUUCCCGUUAUCAUUGUCGGAGAUGACACAUUGUUUGCAGAGUGCACAACCUAUGCUACACUUGUGAGAAUCCAAACAGAAGUUUUGAGUUAUUUCAUUGCAUUUACAAGUUUUGUCAAUUUAGUCAUUGUCUUUUUUUUGGAGUGCUCCUGUCAAUGUUGAGUAGGCCUAUAGGCUACCUGCGUGCAAAUGUAGGCAUAUGAAUGUGCCCAUUUGGGGAUCUGAUAGUAUUUCUGAUUGGCUUAAUGCACCACCACUAAUGACCUGUGUAGCUUCUCAAAGUAAUGUUUUCUUCACCUCAAACAGCAAGCAAACAGUCUGUUUUUACAUCCAUUGAGAAUUACAAUAGUUUCUCAAUGUAUUUGAAAAAUCUUUCCAGCUCUCUCCCUUUCGAUAACCACUCAGCAUGAAAGGGAAAAAUGUAAUGCUCUGAUCCAGUGGAAACGUCAUAAAAUAGGCGUACCUGAUUACAUCUUAUCAGUGCUUGACUUAGACUGAAAUAGGUUCCGGUACUCAUUUUGGGUGCUGGUACUGUUUAUAUUUAGGUGCAGGAGCCCCACAAUACUAUUGAGCUAAUAUUCUAUAAGAUGAACAGGAGCUCAAGCAGUAGAAAAUGUGAGGUGCCUGUACUCCGCUCAGGUGAGCUCCUGCUCAAGUCAAGCACUGCUUCUUAUCCCUUGCGCAGAUAGCCUACAGCUGUGUCUGUCCAGAGCUCACUGGCACAAGAAACUCUUGAGGGGCCCAGAAUAUUUUAUACAAUGUUGCAAGUUCUCUACCCCAAGCUUUGGGCAGGACCCAAGUUAAUAGUUGAUACAAUGUUUCAAGUUUGUUGCAGACAGGCCAUGUGUAGCCAAUGUGAUAUUAAUUUUUAUCAGGAUAUUUCCUACCUGCAGGCUGAAAUGUUUUUAUUUGUUGGUUUUAUGUAGGCUAUUUUUACAUUGUUGGCAAUGGCAAUAGAAGUUACUUUCUAGGUUUGUAUCAUUUUCAUUUAGAUUUGGAUAUAAUUUUGACCCCAUGACAAUGAUUUUGAGAUAUGAAGACGUUAUAAUAAAUUAAAUUAAACUGUUUCAUGAAAAUGUCCAUAUGAAAACCAUAACUGGCACGCGGAUUGGUAGAAAUGGUAAGAUAAAUUGGCAUUCCACAUGAGAAAGGUUGCCGACUCCUCCUGUAACUUAUUACCGGCAACUUCAGGAGAGUAAUGGCAGAAUCUGCGAAAGCCAGCAGGAACGGGAGGAGAAUAGUUAGGUCAGGUGAAUUAUUUUUCUUCUUCUGGUUAUCUAGAUCUCUGGCACCCUCUUGAGGCAUUUUUCUUAUUUCUUCAAACAGUAAGCUUAAAGCAUCAGACAAGCUCAUUGCAUAUAGUUGAUUUGAUUAAAACACAGGGUGUGUCUAUACAGUGCCUUGCAAAAGUAUUCAUCCCCCUUGGCGUUUUUCCUAUUUUGUUGCAUUACAACCUGUUAUUUAAAUUGAUUUUUAUUUGGAUUUCAUUUAAUGGACAUACACAAAAUAGUCCAAAUUGGUGAAGUGAAAUGGAAAAAAUAACUUUUUCCAAAAAUUCAAAAAAAUAAAUUAUGGAAAAGUGGUGUGUGCAUAUGUAUUCACCCCAUUUGCUAUGAAGCCCCUAAAUAAGAUCUGGUGCAACCAAUUACCUUCAGAAGUCACAUAAUUAGUUAGAUUGCACACAGGUGGGCUUUAUUUAAGUGUCAAAUGAUCUGUCAUCUCAGUAUAUAUACACCUGUUCUGAAAGGCCCCAGAGUUUGCAACACCACUAAGCAAGGGGCACCACCAAGCAAGCGGCACAAUGAAGACCAAGGAGCUCUCCAAACAGGUCAGGGACAAAGUUGUGGAGAAGUACAGAUCAAGGUUGGGUUAUAAAAAAAUAUCAGAAACUUUGAACAUCCCACAGAGCACCAUUAAAUCCAUUAUUAACAAAUGGAAAGAAUAUGGCACCACAAAAAACCUGUCAAGAGAUGGCCGCCCACCAAAACUCACGGACCAGGCAAGGAGGGCAUUAAUCAGAGAGGCAAAAAAGAGACGAAAAUAUAACCCUGAAGGAGCUGCAAAAGUCCACAGCGAAGAUUGGAGUAUCUGUCCGUAGGACCACUUUAAGCUGUACACUCCACAGAGCUGGGCUUUACAGAAGAGUGGCCAGAAAAAAAGCCAUUGCUUAAAGGGGAAAAAAUAAGCAAACACGUUUGGUGUUCGCCAAAAGGCAUGUGGGAGACUCCCCAAACAUAUGAAAGAAGGUACUCUGGUCAGAUGAGACUAAAAUUGAGCUUUUUGGCCAUCAAGGAAAAUGCUAUGUCUGGCGCAAACCCAACACCUCUCAUCACCCCGAGAACACCAUCCCCACAGUGAAGCAUGGUGGUGGCAGCAUCAUGCUGUGGGGAUGUUUUUCAUCGGCAGGGACUGGGAAACUGGUCAGAAUUGAAGGAAUGAUGGAUGGCGCUAAAUACAGGGAAAUUCUUGAGGGAAACCUGUUUGUCUUCCAGAGAUUUGAGACUGGGAUGGAGGUUCACCUUCCAGCAGGACAAUGACCCUAAGCAUACAGCUAAAGCAACACAAGUGGUUUAAGGGCAAACAUUUAAAUGUCUUGGAAUGGCCUAGUCAAAGCCCAGACCUCAAUCCAAUUGAGAAUCUGUGGUAUGACUUAAAGAUUGCUGUACACCAGCGGAACCCAUCCAACUUGAAGGAGCUGGAGCAGUUUUGCCUUGAAGAAUGGGCAAAAAUCCCGGGGGGGGGGGGGGGGGGGUGAAUAGUUAUGCACGCUCAAGUUUUUAGUUUUUUCUUAUUUCUUGUUUGUUUCACAAAAAAAUAUAUUUUUCAUCUUCAAAGUGGUAGGCAUGUUGUGUAAAUCAAAUGAUACAAACCCCCCCAAAAGUAUAUUUUAAUUCCAGGUUGUAAGGCAACAAAAUAGGAAAAAUGCCAAGGGGGUUGAGUACUUUCGCAAGCCACUGUAUAUGGAAAAAUAUGUUUAGAAAUGUCAACCAAUCGAUGGGUCAAAAGAACAGACGACUUUCAGUCGACCAUGAUUUUUUUAAAGUUUGGGACAGCCCUAGAAAAAACUAUCUGCAAAUAAAAGAGAAUGCCAAGUCUUAUGUAGUUUUCUGUGUCACAGAUCUUACUACUAUCAAAUUGCAUACUACAAUGCUCCAAGCAUGCAAAUUGGAGCACGGGAGGGUCAGAUUAUGAAUCCAAAUCAAAGUAUUCGAAACGGCGCACGGAGGGCACUUCUUGAAUGCAUACUCUGUUUGUACAUAUUUUGAAGCAUGCAUCGAUGCAAGCUUCAACAGAAAGUAUGCAAAGAAAUAUGACGCAACCACGUAAAAAAUGUACCACAUUUUCUUGAAAUCAAUGGCGGACAUUAUUUGAGCUGAAGCGAGAGAAAAUUCACUCAGACUUCAGAAUGAAGUGUUGCCUAUUCACAUCUCAUAUGUUGCCUGACUACAAUAUUUUAUCUUGAUACGUUAAUAAAUACAUGCUGUGUAAAUUUUGGCAUGGUUACCUGCCUACAAUACCCACUAUGGUGUGCGUAGGUCGCAAGCCCAUAUUAAUCAAUAGUGUUAACUGGCUAGCUACUAUUGUUAGCUAGCCAGAUAGCCACGAAGAAUUGACAUCUUCCUUGGAUAACAUUGGUUUUAGGUCAUUUUUGCCUGUAGGGCUAACUGGCUAGCCACGAAGAAGUGUUAGCUAGCUAUCCACAAGGAAUCGACAUCUACUGUACCUUGCAUAACAUUAGUGUAGGUAAUUUUUGCCUGUUUAGUUGGCUAGCUAGAUUACAACGAUUCACAUAUAUCUAGCUAAUAUUUAUGAAGUAAAAUGUUUGCUUGGUGUACAUCUUGUUUCAUCUCUGUUGUUGCUAUUGUCCUGGCUGGAAGAAGGUUCAGUAAAUGGGGAGAUGCAGCUUGCGGUAAUACAUUAGGGGGAGUGCGAGUGCUUCUCAAAUGUUAUGUUUAUGCAUUCUCCCCACACUCGUCCUCACAAGAACGUACUCAAGAGAAUGUCCACGGAGAAUGCACUUGGAGCAUGACAGUGUGGAGCACUGUAGUAUGCAUAUUGAGAAACACCCACCAUUUCAUGUUGUCUUUGUUUCUGUGUAGAUUUAUCCCUCAGACCACAACAGCAACACCUUCCCUUCGUCUCCGUCUACUCCAGUGGGCUCUCCCCAGGCCAUAGCAGGUGAGUGGGCAGGGAGAAUACACCUGUAGCUAGGAGGAUCACACCUAGGUUAGUUAGCCCUUAGUGAAACUUAGCAUAGCGUUUCCCAAAUGGUGGGUUGGAGCCUACUGCUAGUUCCUAUUCCGUCGUGAAUUAAGACUGGGAUAAGGCGUUAUUUUGCUAAGUCUUUGGGUGAGUGAAAGGGCAAAAACGUUAGUGAAUCGCUUACCUAUGAGAUCACAACUGAUUUAGUCCUUAGGGGGCCCUAUCCUGGGGUGUAAGGUUACAGCCACUUGGAAAACGACAAGAAAAUAUAUUUUGCAGAGGAGGCCUAAAUGACACUCUGUUUACAAUGAUAAUAUGGCUCCAUCUAUUGGUUUAGAGUGGAACUGAGUAAUGAGAUUAGGUUCUUGCUUAACAACAACAGUGCUUUGAGUGUGGCGUCUGAAAUGGGGUUUAGGGUUGACUGCUGUUUAGCCGUCAUGAAUGGACCGUUUGCCUGAUCGAUGGACAGACCCACUCUUGCGGUUAGCGCCAACUAUUUUCACAGACCCAUAAGGUUGUUGUCCAGAUGCUCAAUGUCUCGGUCUCUGUAGGUUCUGCCUCUCAGUGGCCCCGGGGUUCGGGACAGGCCACACCUUCUCCAAACUUCGAGGGUGGACUGCAGGCCCUGGUGAGUUACAUAGCAUGUUCAACUCCAUGCAUGUGUGCAGUCGCACUGGUAUGAGUAACAGCCCUAGAAGAUAGAAAAUACCACCUUGAUCCUAAGCCAGUUGGAUUAAUUGAAGUCGAUAAGUAAACAGUGUUGACUCAUUUGUUUUACUAGCAAAACAAGAUGGAGGACCGUUUGGAGGAGGCCAUCCAUGUGCUGCAGCGUCACGCCGGGGGACAAGGGGGUCCAGGCGGGCUGGCUGACAUGCACAGCCUCCUCAGCGCCGGGAUAGGAGGCCUCGCCCAGGCCUUCAACAACGCUGGCCUGGGACUGGCCAACAGACUGCCCAGCCUGGUAAGAACAGGAGGGAUAAAUAUAUAGUGGCCAUAUCUAGUCACGUGGAUGGUGUAAUGGUUUAGGGUGUUAUGUCCAUUGAUUAGAGUCAUGCUAUUAUGUACAUCCUCCUUCAUGUAAUACCAAUGUAACACCUACAUGUCUGUAAUACUGUCUAAUUGCCUAAUCCAUGGUUCUCAUCUGCUCUGUAGAUGUCCAACCACCAUGAGGACUCGACUGGUCUGCCCUCUGGUGGUGGUGUGCAUGGUCACCACGGCCCUCCCUCUGGCAGCCAGCCUGAAGGCUUCACCAGUGAGUUUUUUUUCCCCCUCACUCUUUCUUUUCCUCUCGUCAUUUCAGGAAAGGACACACAAUGUUUGUGACUAUCUGUCUUUCUCAAAUGAUCUGCUGUGCUUUUCAUUGACUUAUCCCCCCCUAUCUUCCCUCAGGCCUCUCUCGCUCCACACACUCAUCCAGUGGCUCUGACAUCAAAAGGGAGGACAAGGAGGAUGACGAGAAUUCCUCCGUGGCUGACAAGUCAGAGGAUGAGAAGAAAGACUCGAAGGCCCGCACUCGAACAAGGUGACUAACCCCUCUGAUAAUAGGGAUAGAACAUAUCAUGAACACACACAUCCAUACGAUUGAAGUCCGUCUCUCUCGACCAAAUCCUAACUUGAGAUGCGCGUAUGUGGGGUCUGUGCCACUGUCAUAAAGGGGGUAAACUCUCACUCACUGAACACGAUCAUUAUUUAUUUUAUUAUUUAAUACUUGAAAAUGAUUAAAUCAAUUCAGGGAGUGCAGGUUUACCCUCGUUAUUUCAACGUAACACGGCCCCAGCACCCAAAAAGAGGUUAUUCUCCGUAGCACUGUUGUCAUUUUUGCCCUCGUGUCUACCGUUGUUUUCAGAGAGACGUUCUCCUUCCAGACCUUCUCCUCCUCCCUAUCAGACACGGGAGCAGAGUAAGUCUGCAUCCAAUCACGUGAGCCUCUCACCUAAGGGGGUGUGGCCAUAGAUAUAUACAGCUAUUUCAUUAUUUUGAGAAUAAUGGAAGAAAAAAACGGAUUAUAUCAGAACCAUUUUAGACUGUGGGCAGAAUUUCAGCAUAAUUGGUCUACUCAGGCAUAGCAAACGUUUUUCUCGUUCCUUGAGCCAUGCUGUUAGUGCCUUGAGAAUUAAGGUUUGUAUCUUCUUGAAAUUAUAACAUAUUCUCAUAGCACACAAUCUCUGAAGCAGAUACCCUGAGUUUAAUAACUGAUGGCGUAAGUAUUAUGAAUGUUCAAUUUGAUGCCUUUCAUUUCCUUUAAAUAAGAUGGUGUCAUGUCAGAGCUAUUGCAUGAAUGUAAACCUGGCUUUUACCAUAAGAACAUUUUAUACAUUUAUAAAGAAAAGCUGUUUAUGUUCUGUCAGUUUGCAGAAAUAUGUAACUGGGGAUUUAUAUAAAGUCCUGUUUUGUUGUAAAAUUGCUAGCAACAUGUUUGCCCCAAAAUACUUACUUGCUUAAAGAAUGAGGAGCUAAUUCUUUGUAAUCAUAGUCCACAAACUAGUACAGCACCCUCCCUGAAUGAUAGAAUUGAGUAAUUGUCUAGCAUGAACAGAACAUAAUACUUGUUUGGACAGUCUUGUCCACGUUAGUAGAUAUGUCAGCCAUACCCAUGUAAUGUCUUCUAUCCCCCCCUUCCAACCAAACCCCCCCCCCCCCCCCCCCCCCCCCCCCCCCCCGGCCCUCAUCAGUCGUGAUGAUGAGGACGAGGAUGAAGAGGAUCUGCCGCCGGAGGUGAAGGUGGAGCGGGAGAAAGAGCGGCGGGUGGCGAAUAACGCCCGCGAGCGUCUGCGCGUGCGGGACAUCAACGAGGGCUUUAAGGAGCUGGGGCGCAUGUGUCAGCUCCACCUGACUAAUGAGAAACCCCAGACCAAACUGCUCAUUCUGCACCAGGCCGUUAAUGUUAUACUCAACCUGGAGCAGCAAGUCCGAGGUCAGUGUGCUGUCACUGGGGUCCAGGUUUAGACAGGAGAAAAGACCAGGGUAGGGCCGCGUCCCAAUUCUGAUGGUUUCUAGUCCCCUUGUCUCCUUUUCUUCAGGUUGACGGGAUGUGUCUCGGUAGUCUUGAAGGGUUUGCUCUCUGUGACUCUUUUCCUUCAUUGAUGUGAUGUAAUUGGAAAGGUGUCAGUCAUAUUGCUUUCACCUGUUCUGUGUUUUUAGAUCAUUGCAAAUGAAGGAGAGGAGACUAGGAGAGGAGGCCACUUUCAAGUAUCGAGAUGCUGCCUUUAGACAAGUUUCCAACCAUCAAGUCCUGUUUGUUGAUCAGUGAUGAUGGGAGGAAAGGGGAUGAGGAAAGGAGGCUAUUUAGACUGUUCGGGACUAGCCCUUCUCCAGUCCUAUAAGGCUUUGCUGCUGUGGACACACAUACAGGCCAGCACUGGACUCAUGUCUGGUCUGGUGAAGUAUGUGUUGCCUGAUCUAAAUGGCAUGGGGCUGUCUGUCUGGGCUGUCUCCACUGUAAAAGAUGCUUCAUGUGACUCUGCCUCACCCUCCACUAUAUUAACAUUACAUCUCUGAUUUCCUUUAUUUGCUUCUAUUGCUGUCUAUGUCCCAUCACUGUGCUUCUUGUCUGAGGCCUUAGCAACAUAGCAACACACAUUUUACAUUUGAACAACAUCUUCUUACACUUCACGUUAAAAUGAUUUCAGGACCAGAUGAUGGCUUCUGUAUUCGUUUCAUCAGCUUUGGCUAAUGGCCCAAUUUUGAAGUGUGAAGAUUAUUUUGUCUGAAGGGGUUUUACAUUUUUCCAAAUGUAAAACACUCUUAAGCAACAUACCACCGUCCCAAGUUACGUUCUAGUCUUGUUCUCGUCAUUUUAUUUCUCUGUGUUGAACUUAUGUGGGCUUGUCUGCUCUGUUAUCCACAACAAAGAAAGGAUAGAAGUUCAGGCAGCUAUCAUUUGACUUUUACAAAUGUGUUACUGUUAUCUGGCUCUAUGCAUUGACCCCCCCUCCCCCCCUGUAUUCUGCCUGCUGAUUGGCUAUACAAAUGCAGAUACAGGCUGUGAUUGGAUGGAGGGGCUCACUGUUCUGCUCCUAUCCCAUUCCUCCUCAAUGUAUUAACUUAACCCUUCACUUCCUUAUUGCAAUGUCUCUGUUGCAUGCCCUUAUUUGUCAAAUGUUAACCUUUUUCAUUUACUGAUUUUAGUUAGUCAUCUCCAUGCCUCCUCUCCCUCUCUUCACCCCCCCUCUCUCUCUCUCUCUCUUUUCGUCGUUUACUUUUGCAGAUGGCAGCAGUGAUUUCAGCUUCCUUUCAUUCAGAUAAAUACAUCUCUGACCGCGGAUGUAUUUAACAUGAGGCACCAGUGGCAUUCAGCUCUCUGUCUGUAUUCCUGUUUCCCAUUCUCUCCCCCUGGCUUCCUCUGUGGCCUUGUGUAUGAUCUAGACCUGGCAGAGGGUGUGUCGCUCUCUUUCUCCUUCUCUUCCUUGGUCUUCUUACCUCCUCACUGACAGCCCCCCAAAGUCCUCAUAUUAUCCUCUCUGACUCCCACCCUGGACCCUGAUCAGCAGAAGACAGACUUGUCUUGGCUUUGUCAGAUUCCAUUUGGAACAUUUGGUCUGAUAGUUGUCAACUCAUAACGGCUCAACAUUCAAAACGCUCAAUUUUACAAAAUAACCCUAAAAUGAUCUAUUUUGGCCAAGUGAAAGUCUGCAGAGAAGUAAUAAAGUUGCUUUGCGAAAACGGUUUGGUUGUUACAUGCCAAUUUUCAUUCUUCAGAUGUGAAUAUAAUUUGCAAGGACCUACGCGGUGCCUUCGCUGACAGUAACAGUAGUGCUCUGGCCUCAGGAUUCCUCUAUAAAAAAAUAAAAAAAACAUAUUAAAGAAAGAAAAUGAUUUUUGGCGGUCCAUCCCUCCGCUCGAUCUCUCGCUCUCCUGCACCUUGGCACCACUCCACUGGGAUCAUCCAUUCGUGACCCCCACCUCCUCACUGGAAUACAUUGUCCAUCCGGACCUCCGCAGCUUUCUGCUGCUGGCCUCCUGCCCAAAUAUGGCACUUAAAUAAUGAAUGCUGUCACGGUCAGCCAACCAGGCCGUCUGCUCUAGGAUGUGAAUUGAGUAGUGUGCAGGAAGCAGGGAAUGCUCUAGCCCCUCUGAGGGCACACUCCAGGGAGAGGCUGCCCCUAAAUGCUCGUCUAGGAUCAGAUCUAAUGAUGAGCUAACUAUGCCAGACAAAAGACAGGAACAGACCCUGGAACAGCAAUUUGCUAUCCACAGAAACUAUCUGCAGAAACUGUCCUUAGUGCUGUAUUUAGGGGCAACUUAAAUCUGUAGGGGCAACUUGGAGGGUAAAAGCAGCAGGUGUUGGGGUAUACCAUAACGACCCUCCUCCCUCCUCAGCAGCAGCAGCUGCAGCACAGCCUCGCUGAACGAUGAGAACCUGACGGCCGAGGAGAAGGAGAAGCGCGAGCGGGAGCGCCGCUCGGCCAACAACGUCCGGGAGAGGGUGCGCGUGCGUGACAUUAACGAGGCGUUCAGGGAGCUGGGCAAGAUGGUGCAGGUGCACCUGCGCAGCGACAAGGCCCAAACCAAACUCAUCAUCCUGCAGCAGGCCGCGCAGGUCAUAAUGGGUCUGGAGAAGCAGGUCCGAGGUAGGCCUCUCUUUACGAAUAGAUCCAGAACCGCCCACCACCUUCACCCAGCCAAUUAGCUCUUAAUACGGGGCCUGGAGAAGCAGGUACAAAUUAGGGCUUCCUGUACCAACCGACCCAGUAAUGUCCACCUCCAACCAGUCAACUAGCGCUUGACUAGUAUGACGGUUAAAGAGAUCAUACUGUGCCUGGAGAUGCAGGUGCGACGUAGGGCUUCCUUUUAGCUGUGGAAGGCUUCCUUACCAAAAAUACCAGAUCCAGUAGGAUUCACCUAUAGGCCCUCUACCUCCACUCAACCACCCAAUCAGCACUCUCACCUCUACAUGCGCUCACCUGCCUCUGACUGUCCUUCUAUCCUCUUGGACAAUGGAAAGAGGGCGAGCAAAAAGAGAUGGAGCUGGGGAAGAUGGGGGCUGCACCUCUGUCAAAUACUUAAUGACCUCACCACUGCUGCCGUCUGGUCGUUCGUCUGUCCUGUCCAGCUGUCUCUUCCGUUCUCCAUUUUGGUCUUCUGUCCUCCAUGCUUUUCGAUGAUAUACUUUUCUAUUUGUUUCAUGACUAGAAUCUCGCAGCAUUUACACCUUAAUCAUACCUUCUUUGCCUGUCACAUCUCCCUGCCUUUUUGUUUUUAACAUCUCUCGUUCUUCGAUACGCCUAACCUUCUCAGUUUACUAGAAUAUACUGUGAAACCUGAUGUUUCUGCCCCUUGCUUCCAUCUCUUUGACAAUUUUCUCGAUUGUGCUCACCAUUGGUUUACCUGAAGUUUCAGACAAAACCUGUAGUUCCACUUCACCCCUCUGAUUCUAACCUGUGUCGCCUCUUCCUAAAGAGCGUAACCUGAACCCCAAGGCAGCAUGUCUGAAGCGGAGGGAGGAAGAGAAGGUUUCGGGGGUGGACCCCCAGAUGCAGAUGGGAGGGGGGCACCCCGGGUUAGGGGGCGAUGGACACAACUCUGUGAGCCAUAUGUAACACCGAGGUAAGUUCUCAUUGUCUGCUGUCAUACUGUAACUGUCCAUAUCACAUGUAUUGUUGUGGCAUGUGUGUGUUACCAUAAUAUAACAAUCCCUGUUUCUCUCUUCCAGCUCCUGAUCCUGUUGAUUGUACAGCUCUUAGAAGACGUGGCCUUACUCUCUUAUCAUGCAUCUCAGUGUGCGUCAAUCCACAAAGGUGCUCUCUAUAUAUGCUAGCACAUAUAGUGGAGAAGCGCGUUCUCACACAGACACACACACAGACAGACGGACACAGACACAAAACUGACAAACGCCAGUGGCCACAUUCCUGACCAUGAACACGAGCAACAUACACACCUAUACACACACAGAGUUUUGAAGAUUACUUACAGUAAACACACCCUGAACUCCAAGGAGAGACUGGAUCACAGGCAGAGGAAAUGUAAACGCAACAGUUUUUUGUCUAAUGGUCAUGUUUUUGUAAGCCAUUUUGAAGAAGUUGCUUUACAUGUUGGGAGCAAAAUUUGUUUGGAUCAAAUAGUAUUUUUGGAUCAAUUGCUCAUGUGCGCAACCUAGGAUUUUGUGUCCUUUGAUAGUCAUUUGCCAUUCCCACCUGAAAAGGAGGUCUUACUUUCAUUACAAGAAAAGGUGACAUCAGAAUCUAACCUGUAUGAGUAACUAUGUGCCUGAGAACAUGCAUAACGCCAAGGCUGGGCAAGUUACAAUCGUCGUCGUCCCCACCACCAUUUUUAUUUUUUUCUCAAAAUGUCAAACACAGAAGUAGAGUUUGAGGUAUCCAGCCACCCCACCAGAAUUGAAAGGACUGGACUGUCAUAGUGACAAUUGGACACUUAUUGAAUUGGCAGGCAGAGUGCUGUUAUAUAGCACAAUGAUAAAAAGAAACCCUAGCUAACUUUGGCCAUAUUUCUUUGUUUAUGCCUUCUCAUAAGGGCUGCCCAGACACAGGCCCGUCUGAAGGAUUAGUAUGGUGUGUUUUUUUAAUUUUUAAUCCAGGGAUCCUACAAGACUUCCAUUUUUGUCCUCAUCUGUUUGUUGUCACUGCCAUGAGUGGAGUUGAAGGACUGCCAGUGAGGAAGGUGAGCUCAUCAAUACAUACCGAGACCCAGGACAGGUCAUGAUGACUCGCUACUAGCUGAAAACCACUCCCUGUUCACCUACUAUUCCACAGGAUCACACGGGCAUGGUCAUCUCAAGACUUCCUCACUCUGUCUUGGGGAGAUUGGACUGAAACAUGCAGGAAGUGUGUGUGCUCUGAACCAGAGCAAGCCUCUCUCCCUCCACUCCCUCUACCUUACCCGUCUUUACCCCACCUGUUCUGUUUCCAUUUCAGCCAGGCCAUGUGGACACAUGGUCAGUAUACUCUGCCCCAAACUCAGUCAACCACCUGCCUUCAUUGACUUCUCCUCUUCACGUUUGUUCAGCAAGUGUCGUCAGUUGGCAAGGCAAACCUAGAUGUCCAGGUCAUGCGAACUUAA